AUGGCAACAAGAUUUAAGAAGAACAGGAAAAAGAGAGGUCAUGUUUCAGCUGGUCAUGGUCGUGUGGGUAAACACAGAAAACAUCCCGGUGGAAGAGGAAAAGCUGGAGGUUUACAUCACAUGAGAAUUAAUUUUGAUAAAUAUCAUCCAGGUUAUUUUGGAAAGGUCGGUAUGAGACAUUUAAAUUUAUUAAAAAAUAGAACCUUCUGCCCAACCAUCAAUGUAGAUAAAUUAUGGGGACUUUUACCAGAAGAAAAGAAAAAAGAAUUUUCUGAAAAUAAAGAUAUUGCCCCUGUUAUUGAUGUAACAAGAAAAGGAUAUUUUAAAGUUUUAGGAAAUGGUAAAUUAAAACAUAAUCAACCAAUUGUAGUAAAAGCAAGAUACUUUUCAUCCGUUGCUGAAAAAAAAAUUAAAGCCGUUGGAGGUCAAUGUAUAUUAGUUGCUUAA